AUGGAAACCUCAAACGACGACCUUUUUCCCUUGGCCUUGCUCAUAGACGAGUUGAAGCACGACGACGUGGCCAACCGCGUUGCGGCCAUGCAGAAGCUCGACGCCAUUGCCAUAGCCUUGGGGCCCGAGCGGGCGCUCAACGAAUUGGUGCCCUUUCUAAAUGACGUUGUGCAGGACGACGAGGAGGAGGUGUUUGCCGUGAUGGCCGAGAAGUUGGGCGGCUUUGUGCCCUUGGUGGGCGGCCACGCGCACUGCGAGCCUUUGGUGCGUGUGUUGGCCGUGUUGCUGUCCAUGGAGGAGCCCAUAGUGCGCGACAACGCGGUGGCGUCGUUGAACCAGAUCGGCGCGGAGCUCACGGACGCAGAGGCCAACGGGCUCUUCUUGGACAUGGUGCGCGACUUGGCGCAGGGCGACUGGUUCCUGAAGAAAGUGUCGCUGUGCGGCUUGUUCAAGGCUGUGAUUGUGCGCGUCAGCGCCACGGUGCGCCGCGAGUUGCUCGUGCUCUACCACGGCUUGGUGGCGGACGACUCGCCCAUGGUGCGCCGCAGCGCGGCCAAGCACCUCCCCGUGUUGAUCGACCACAUGACGCGUGCCACGCGCGAGAACCCGGCGUCCGCGGACAGGGUGGAUGACACCGACUUGGAGAUCAUCUCCAAGAUGUUCCACCUCUUGAUCAACGACUCGCAGGACAGCGUCAAGUUGUUGAGCAUCGACGUGUUGCUCUCCAUCUUGCGCUUCUUCCAUUCCGUGGCCGACCAGUCCCACAACUCCGACUGCCUCGUGAGCGCGUUGAAGUUGAUCAAGGACGACAGCUGGCGCGUGCGCUACGCGGCCGCAGACAAGUUCGCGGAAAUCGCGGCCUGCUUCGCGGCCUCCGCCCUGGACUUGCUCAAGCUCUCCGACCCGUUCGUCGGCUUGAUGAAGGACAACGAGGCCGAGGUCCGCAAGGCCAUCGCUUCCCAGUUGCCCGCCUUCUGCAAGUUGCUCAACGACCCGGAGUUGACCGAGAAGAAGAUCAUCCCGGUCGUGAGCCUGUUGAGCCAGGACUCGCACGAGAACGUCCGGGCCGCCUUGGCCUCCACCGUCACGGGCCUCUGCCCCAUCUUGUCUGAGGAGUCCACCAUCGACAAGUUGUUGCCCAUCUUCCUCAACAUGCUCAAGGAUGAGUUCCCAGAUGUGCGCUUGAACAUCAUCUCCAACUUGUCCAUCGUCAACGAUACCAUCGGCAUCAACUUGUUGUCCACCAGCUUGUUGCCCGCCAUCACCGAGUUGGCCCAGGAUAGCAAGUGGAGGGUCCGCUUGGCCAUCAUAGAGUACAUCCCCAAAUUGGCCAACCAGUUGGGCGAGCCGUUCUUCAAUAACGAGCUCUUGACCUUGUGCAUGUCUUGGUUGUGGGACCCUGUCUACGCAGUGCGUGACGCGGCUGUCAACAACCUCAGGGACUUGACGGUGAUCUUCGGCUCCGCCUGGGCCGAGGAACACAUCGUCACUCGCUUGUUGAACAUCAAGGACGAAAAAAUCAGCGACGAGGACGAGGGAAGCGCCGGACAAGUCGACUUUUCCAACUUCAUCAUCAGAAUCACCUGCCUAUUCGUGGUCUCUAAACUCACCCCAGUCAUCGACCAGAGUGUCGUAGUCAACAAGAUCAUACCCUUCGUCAGUCAUCUAACUGCCGACCCAGUUCCCAACAUCAGGUUCAACGUUGCAAAGUCGUACCUCGUGAUUGUGGAAGCCUUGGUCAAGGCACCUGGCUCUGAUGUUACGGAGUUGAUCGACAAUGAGAUUAUGCUGAAUUUGAACGUGCUACAGGGUGAUGCUGACGUGGACGUGAGGUACUACGCAAACAGCAGCCUUGAAUCGAUCAUGGGCUUGUCCCAGAAAGUAUAA